UCCAUGAAAAAUUUGAUAAUGAAAUUUCUCAAGUUGAAAAUUUUUUCGCGAAUUCUCACCGAAUUUUUCUCGUUUUUCGUAUAAUGUCUGGCACGUUCUUGAACAAGAAAAUAUUCCGACCUGUGGCCCCGGACCGAGGAAGCUUUCCACUAGAUCACGAUAACGUGUGUAAAAAACUUAUGCUCGAUUACAUGGUAUGCUUAUCUGAUAACAAACAAGACAAUUCAAAGUGCCGAACCGAAGCUAAAGAGUACCUCUCAUGUAGAAUGGAUAAUAAUUUAAUGGCUAAAGAAGAAUGGUCUUAUCUCGGUUUCGAAGAAAAGAAACAAGCCGAAAAACAAUCCACUAACUAAACACCCAAUCGCUAAAAAAAAAUGGAAUCGAAGAAAAAAAUAUUACUAUGCUGUACCGGUAGCGUUGCUACCAUCAAAGCCAUCAAUAUUAUUCAACUGCUGCAUUCCAUCGGAGAUAAUAUAGAAAUCAAGGUGGUAUUCACCAAAUACGCUACUCAUUUUUGCGAUCCUAAAACCAUUCUCGAAGCCGGAGCUGAA